GUUCGUCAGUCGCGCUCCAACCGCGCACGAGCGAGUACGUGUCAUCACUGACGGUUAAUUUCCUCCAUCACGACGUCGUCGGCACCGGCACAGUUGAUACCACAACACGGCAUGUGCACCUGACCCCAGUCGCGAUACCGGCUCCAACAAGAUCCCCGUGACAAACACAAGUGAGUCAGGAGUAUUGUGAAAGUUUUUUCGUGAUUCCGAACUCCCUAUUGCUGUCUAGCGAUAGUUAAUCAAAAUAUCUGCAGAAUCAAAAUGAUACCCCGGCGAAAACACAAUGCUUCCUCAGGAUCGCUCCCACCUCCAGAUGACAAGCACGCCAGCAAUGAUUAUAUACUGUCAGACAGUACCAAAGAAGGCUGGCGUGCGAUCAUAAAACGAAGGCUCAACCGCAAAACGUUGCACAAGAGGAUUCCUGUUACGUCUUGGUUACCAAAGUACAACACAGAAAAGGCCAUCGGUGAUCUUAUAGCUGGUAUUACUGUCGGUUUGACCGUCAUCCCUCAAUCGUUAGCCUAUUCAAAUAUUGCCGGUUUACCGCCGCAGUAUGGAUUAUACGGUUCCUUUCUCGGUUGCUUCAUUUACAUAAUCCUCGGAGGGUGCAGGGCAGUACCAGCUGGACCUACGGCUAUCGCAUCUCUACUGACCUGGCAAGUUGCUGGCGGAGUGAUAGAAAAAGCGAUCUUACUGAACUUCCUAACUGGCCUCAUUGAGUUGCUGAUGGGAGUACUUGGUUUAGGGUUCCUAAUUAACUUCGUAUCAGGUCCUGUAUCUUCAGGAUUUACGUCGGCAGUAGCACUUAUGAUAGCGACAUCACAAGUCAAAGAUCUCUUCGCUAUAACUGUGACUGGAACGACGUUCUUACAACAAUGGAUUUCGGUAUUCAAGAAUAUACACAAUGCGUCGCUGUGGGAUCCCAUUCUUGGAUUUAGCUGUAUCGCCCUCCUCCUUUCAAUGAGGAAAAUUGGUAUGAUAAAACUCGGUGAGAAGUCAGCGGAUGGUCCAAGUACUAGGCACAAAGUGUUGACAAAAUGUAUGUGGCUGUUAGGAACUUGUCGGAAUGCAAUUGUUGUCAUUCUCACUGGAGUACUCGGCUACUGGUUUGUAACCACGAAGGGUUCAUCUCCUGUUCGCUUAAUGGGUGCCAUUCCCUCUGGAGUACCAGUGCCAACCGUUCCACCAUUCACCUAUGUUCGAGCUGACAAUACCACUGCAGACUUCGUAGACAUGGUCUCAGAACUUGGAUCCGGUCUUCUCGUGAUACCCUUAAUAGUUUUACUGGAAGAUAUAGCGAUCUGCAAGGCUUUUUCUGGAGGGAAGACAAUCGAUGCCACUCAGGAAAUGAUCGCGUUGGGUCUGAUGAAUCUUGGCAAUUCCUUUAUGCAAGCAUACCCCGGUGGUGGAUCGCUGGCUCGGUCUGUAGUGUCCAAUGGUUCGGGAGUUAAGACCACGUUCAACGGGUUAUAUACUGGUCUGAUGGUAAUACUAGCUCUACAGUUCUUUACCCAGUACUUUGAAUUUAUCCCGAAGGCUGCACUGGCUGCUGUCAUCAUCUCUGCUAUCCUGUUCAUGGUGGAAUAUGACGUCAUCAAACCCAUGUGGAGAGCCAAGAAGCUGGACUUGAUACCUGGACUGACGACCUUUGUGCUGUGCCUGGCUUUACCAAUCGAGAUGGGAAUCCUCACUGGCGUCGUGGUUAACAUCGUAUUUAUUCUGUAUCACGCAGCAAGACCGAAGUUUUCUGUUGAGAUGCUUAAAACGGAGCAAGGAGUAGAGUAUCUGAUGAUAACACCGGACCGCUGUCUCAUGUUUCCUUCAGUUGACUAUGUCCGACGUCUUGUUACCAAAUGCGCGACCAGCAAUUCGGUUCCUGUUGUCAUAGAAUGUACACACAUCUACAGCGCCGACUACACGGCAGCAAAAAGCAUAGAACAGCUAACUGCGGACUUUCACGCGAGACAGCAACCAUUAUACUUCUACAACGUAAAACCUUCAGUCUGCUCAAUCUUUGAAGCCGUCGCGAAGCCAGAACAUUUUGUUGUCUUCUAUGAAGAUGAGGAAUUAGACAGGCUUUUUACAGCGGAUAAUAGAAUUGCGCCACAAAAACCGCCACCUCUAAGCGCUUAGAUGUGAUAUUACAGACUAUAUUUUUGGAAGGAAAUUAACGGUGCAGUGUGAUAUUUUGGAUGGUAUACUGUUUCGUAAAUAGUUUUCAUCUAAUGUUUAUCGGUGUGUAGACGUCGAUGUAAAAUAAACUUGUGGCUAAAGAAUUUGACAGUUGACUAAGGUUUUAAUAAGGUGCAAAUCUAUAUAUUUUCUUAAACGUUGAGGGUAUUUUUGACCACUUUAUGAUAAAUUGGCGUCACAAAGGAAUAUUUUGUAAUGCGCAAAUAUACAUAACUGCAAAACAAAAGGUAUCGCGUCAUUAUUGUUUAGUCACAAGAACUAUAGAUGCUCUAUUUUAGUAAUGAAAGGUUUAUGGCUGUGCAGCUGUGAUUGGGUGAGCCCGAUCACAUCCAUCAGUAUUAUAAAUCAAUAUGGAUUAAAAAUAUGACGAAGGGACUUAGAUUAAGCUUAAUAAGAGAUCUUAAUGUACAUCAAGUUUGCUUGAACUCUAAAAAUAGUAUCUAUUUUAGCUACCAAUAUAUCUAAUGAUUACGUCCGCCUUUACUUACAGUAUUUGUUUGCUCACGUGUGUUUUAAAUCAUUUUUUAAUAUUGUAAAUCAGAACCGAAAAUUAAAUAUAUUUUUUAAGUUAAUGAGUGCAGCAAUAUUUGGACUCACAUAUAAAAAAUACAAUUGCAACUUAAUAACAUAAAUAUCAUUAAUUUGUAAAUAAUCAUUUAGUCUUAAGGAAAUUGCGGCCUCGUUUUUAACUGGAUGGUCAAAUAAAACUUUUAAAUUUCAGACCGUAGACAACGUUCUUUGAAUAGACAAAGUUCAUAUAGAACCUAGAAAAUCCCUUAACACAGACUAUAAAAUCUAGAAAAAUCCUUAUAUAUUAUUACUAGCUACGACACUUUAAUAAUAGUUAAAUCUUUAUUGACUUUUACCAUCAAUAACAUAUAAUAAAAUCAGCUCAUCUGCAUUUUACUUUAAAGUCUAUUUUGUAAUAUUGUAAAACGAUUUAUUAGGAAGUGUUAAUGUGGUAGCUAUGAGUUCUAGCAGUGGUAAACUAGAAUUAAAAAAAACUUGCACUAUUAUCACUGUAAGUCAGUGUCUUUGAAUUUCCUCAAUUUUUUGACUCAAACAACUUUUGGACACAUUUAUCUAUUUAACACAAAUUUUAAUAAUUGCAAAGUAAAGUUUUAUUUAAAAUGUUCUUUUUAACUAGAGACUGUUAGGCCUUUUAAGUUUGCAUAGUGUUAUUUUUCUAAUAAAAUAAUAUAGGACUAGCAUCUAUCGUUGUGAUUCUAGAUUUUAAUGAUAUUUAACAUUAAUGUACUUAUGCCAUUAUCUAGGCCAUCUCCCUGUUUGAACGUGAUAAAGACAAAAUUGUUUAAGUAUUAGUUUAUUUAUUUUGUAAGUGUUUAGAGUACAAUAUAGUGUAGAUGCAAUAUAUCAAUAUGUUAGGAACGACUAGCCUAGAGCGCCGUGUAAAAAGUAUUUUUAAUCUACACGGUGUGGCAAAAAUGAAUAAAAGCAUUCAUGAGUGGGACAUAAAUAUUAUGAGCCAAAUUCAAUCAACGCUAGGGACUGAACCUCGGAAAUGCUCAAUUUUUGUCCUAAUUGCAUCAAAAUAAACGAGACAAUUACUUUGAAUGCUUUAGUUUGUAAAAGUUAAUAGGGAAAUAUUUUUCUACUAUGCAUCAUAAUUUUUAUAAUUUAGUGUAAAUUAUUUACUGAUGUUAUAAAAUUGUCAUAUAAUUAAUUUUAUUAACAGAGAAAUCACAAAUUUAUGUUAGUAUUUUAUGUAAAGACUAAAGCAAAUUAAAACAAACAUUUUCACAAUAAUAUAAACGCUAAUGCGUAGAACUUUAAUCAACUUGUAACUUCUAAACAAGUCACAGAUGAUUGUUUCAAGUCUAAUUAAAUGAUUUUAAGAUGAAACGCAUGAAUUAUUUAGAAUUAUGUAAAGCUAUAAACAGUGAGACCCGGAAUUGUGAGUUCUGCGUGAAUCGGCCUUAAUGUAAUUAGAAUAUGAAAUAGUUUUUAGUAACGACUUUAGAGAUGGACCUAUAACAGAUUCGACAUAAUAUCCUAUAUAGUACUUGUAGCCAAUGUCCCUUUAAAUUGUAUAGUACAAAACCUGUAUAUUGAAAUCGAAAAAUUAUUGCUAUAUAAGCCUACUGUUUUUCAUAUAAUUGAUGUCUAUCGCUUCAAUUAAAAGAUGUUUGUAGUAGGGCGAAAUAGUCUAUUUGAAUGUGUGUUUGUACACAACAUAAUUCUUUACGUCACAUUGAUUCACAAUAUAUAAUGUUACACUAAAUUGAAUAUUUUAAAUGCUUUAUAUAAAAAAUAUAUAUAUUAAUGUUUAAAAUUAUGGUGCGUUUAAAUAGAACUAAUGUUUUCCCAGUUCCAAGAACAAAAUAAUUAUAAUUAAACUCUUUGAGAGUUCA